GGGCUCAUAGCAGAACUGGAGACGGACAAGUGUUUAAAGUUUUUAGAGUGAUCAAACAUCCAUCUUUUAGCAUGCAACAUCUACGCCAUGACGUAGCAGUGCUGAAACUGGCGACCCGUGUAAGCCUCAAUAGCAAAAUCCAAACCGUUUGCCUGCCAAAACAUGGAUCACGAGUCAGUCUAGGAACACAGUGUUACGUAACAGGUUGGGGUAGGAUAAAUUCAAAUACAAAUACACUUGCUCCUCGUCUUAAACAAGCUAAGGCUCCGGUAGCCAGUCACAAUACCUGCCGAAGUAAAAAUGGUGGCACAGUGGAUGAAAGCUCCAUGGUAUGCGUUGGAGGACAAGGAAGCAGUGUCUGCAACGGCGAUAGUGGCGGCCCCUUGUCAUGCUUUGAGGGUGGUCGCUGGUUUGUUCGCGGUGCAGCUUCAUGGGUAACGAGCCGUACUUGUCCCGGAAACACCUUUUCCGUAUAUGCUCGUGUUAGCUCGUAUGUCAGGUGGAUCGAAAGUCACGUGGGUAGUGGCGGAAGUGGCGGCGGCGGUGGCGGCGGCGGAGGAGGAGGAGGAGGAGGAGGAGGAGGAGGAAGCGGUGGAGGUUGUGCGGACAAAAAUAGAAAUUGCGGUUCUUGGGCAUCAAAAGGUUUCUGCCAAGGGCAAUAUGAAGCGUAUAUGAAAAAAAACUGUCAGAAGAGCUGUAACCUUUGUGGUGGUGGUGAUGGCGGUGGAGGAGGAGGAGGAGGAGGAGGAGGAGAAGAAUGCAAGGAUAAAAACUUAAACUGUCCGCGGUGGGAAAGCAAAGGAUACUGCAAAGGCAAAUACGAACAGUAUAUGAGAGAAAACUGUAAGAAGUCCUGUAAAAUUUGCGGUGGCGGAGGCAGCGGCGGCGGAGGCGGCGGUGGAGCUGCUAUCAGUUCAUGGUUAUACAACUGUGUGUAA